CCCUAGCACUGCACCAAUAGUCCAAUACCCCCUUCUUUCUCCACCGUCCCUCCCAUCUCUCCAUCUGUUGCUAUGUAAUGUCUCUCCGGCGAGCUGCAACCUUUGAGCUAGUCGCCGAUCUGCUCUCCUUUCCUCUGAUCUUCUGUCCCUAUCCGCACACCGCCGCUUUUCUAUCCACCACCAGCUCCGCCGCCGCCUGCAAACUCUGCUGCCAGCACCACAACGGACACCGCCUCCUUUAGAAACUUCGAAUGGAUGCACAGAAUAAGAAUCAAGCAAACAAGUACAGUAUAAUUGUUCCUACAUAUAAUGAGCGGCUCAACAUUGGUCUCAUUGUUUACCUCAUCUUCAAGCAUCUUAAGGAUGUUGAUUUUGAAGUUAUCGUUGUGGAUGAUGGGAGUCCGGAUGGUACCCAGGAUACGGUAAUACAACUGCAGAAAGUUUAUGGAGAAGAUCGGAUUCUGCUAAGACCGAGACCUAAGAAGCUGGGUUUAGGAACUGCUUAUAUUCAUGGCAUGAAGCAUGCAUCUGGAAAUUUUGUUGUCAUCAUGGAUGCUGAUCUGUCACACCAUCCAAAAUAUUUGCCAAAAUUCAUUAGCAAGCAAAUGGAAACUAGAGCAGAUAUAGUUACUGGUACUCGUUAUGUUAAAGGUGGUGGUGUGCACGGAUGGAAUCUUAUGCGCAAACUAACAAGCAGGGGAGCAAAUGUUCUUGCUCAAACAUUUUUAUGGCCUGGUGUCUCAGAUUUGACAGGAUCAUUUAGACUUUAUAGGAAGUCUGUGCUUGAAGACAUCAUUAGUUGCUGCGUUAGUAAGGGAUAUGUCUUUCAAAUGGAGAUGAUAGUCAGAGCAUCCAGAAAAGGAUAUCAUAUUGAAGAGGUUCCAAUCACAUUUGUUGAUAGAGUAUUUGGCAGUUCAAAACUUGGUGGAUCCGAGAUUGUUGAAUACCUGAAAGGCCUAGCAUAUCUUUUGGUGACAACAUAAAAAGAUAAAUCAUCCAUGUCUCACAUUUUAGCAAAAAAGGAACUAUAUAGAGACUUGGUAAAAUCUUAUCAUUUGUUUUUCUAAUUUAGUGGGAAGCAUUGUUCCGUGUGUUUACAACCUUUUGUGGAAUUUGUAAUUUUAACCAUCUUGUCGGGUUUUGCUGAAGUUGUCACUUACACUGAGCUUUUCUUUAAGGUGGUUACCUCCGUGAAUACGUUUUCAUGUGUAGAUGAUGUUGCAGUUUGACAUGUUUAACUAAACAUAUUUGACUAAAUCAUCUGAUGUUUUAUAAUGUUAUCUUUAUAUGAAGAUGUCCUCAUGGGAGUAUUCAUCUUCCUUGAAAUGUUAA